AUGAAGGAAUACAACGUGCCGUGUCAGCGUAAGGCAGAGCAUGACGGGCUGAGUGAGGCUGAGCUAGAGAAGAUUGGCCUGAGAAGCCAGACCCCGCCGCCCUCCAUCUGUACCAAGAUCCAGAAGAUAAGAUGCUCAGGUUCAGCUGCAAAGGCCUUGCUGUUCCGGUUCAUCCCCAUCCUGAGCUGGCUACCACGGUACCCAGUCAAGGAAUGGCUACUUGGGGACAUCAUCUCAGGAUUCAGUGUGGGAAUCAUGAACCUCCCACAGGGUUUGGCUUAUGCGCUUCUGGCAGGCCUGCCGCCUGUCACCGGCUUAUACACAGCCUUCUAUCCCGUCUUGGCGUAUUUCAUCUUUGGGACAUCCAGACACAUCUCUGUUGGGCCAUUUGCGGUCAUCUCUGUGAUGAUUGGGAGUGUGACAGUGGCACUGGAACCAAGUGAGAAGUAUUUGGAAGUGAUCAAUGGUACAAAUGACACGAUCAACGAGCCCCUGAGGGAUGCUGCCAGGAUAGAACUGGUGGCUACGCUCACCUUCUUGGUGGGCAUCUUUCAGAUUGCCUUGGGCCUGCUGCAGUUUGGCUUUGUGGCCACCUACCUUUCUGAGCCCUUGGUGAGGGGCUACAUCACAGCCGCUUCCAUCCAGGUGCUGGUCUCCCAGCUGAAGUACGUCUUUGGGAUGCAUCUGGAGGAGCGUUCAGGACCUUUGUCAUUGAUCUAUACCUUUGUGGAAAUUUGCUCAAAAUUGCCGGGAACCAAUGUGGGCACUUUGGUCACUGCCUUGAUUUCUAUAAUUGCCAUCUUUCUUGUGAAGAUGCUCAAUGAAAAACUUGGCAAGAGGCUUCCAAUACCGAUCCCCAUUGAACUUCUCACGAUUAUUGUCUCGACGGGGAUUUCCUAUGCUGUCGGCCUGAACAAAGCUUUUGGGAUUAGCAUUGUGGGGGACAUCCCCAAUGGGAUGAGACCUCCUGACAUUCCCAAAGUAUGCUAUUUUGGGAAGGUGGCAGGAAGUUCUUUUGCCAUUGCUAUUGUCAGCUAUGUCCUUACCAUCUCGCUUGGCAAGAUCUUUGCCCUCAAGCAUGGCUACAAGGUGGACAGCAACCAGGAGCUGAUCGCCAUCGGGUGCAGUAACUCCGUGGGUGGUUUUUUCCAAUGUUACAGCAUCAGCGCCUCCAUGUCCCGCUCCCUAGUGCAGGAGAGUACAGGAGGGCAGAGUCAGGUGGCUUCGGUGGUCUCCUGUCUCCUCAUCCUAGCAACCAUCUUGAAGAUUGGGGAGCUUUUCCAAGAUCUACCCAAAGCCAUCUUAGCUGCUAUCGUUAUAGUCAACUUGAAGGGAAUGUUCAAACAGUUUUCAGAUAUACCUGCACUUUGGAGAACCAACGUUAUUGACCUGCUCAUCUGGCUUGUGACCUUUACUGCUACCAUUUUGCUGAACCUCGACUUAGGACUGGGGGUUGCUGUGGCCUUUGCACUGCUCACUGUCAUCUUCCGGACCCAGAUGCCCCAUUAUUCCAUUUUGGGAGAAGUGUCUUUGACAGGCAUUUACAAAGACGUGAAGGAGUAUCACAAUGCCGAGGAGAUCCCAGGUGUGAGGAUUUUCCGCUCCUCAGCUACACUCUAUUUUGCUAAUGCUGAACUGUAUGCAGAGGCCCUAAAGAAUAAGUGUGGCAUUGAUGUGACCCGCCUCAUUGAAAAGAAGAAGAAAGCCUUAAAGAAGAAAGAAAGGAGAGACAAGAAAGAAGCCAAGAAAAUAAAGAAAAUGACUUCUGAGAUCAAAAAGGCACAGGAUUCUGGAAACAAUAACAUUGCAUUUGUGGAUAUAGAUAUGGAGGUAAAAUCACAGAAAAUGACUUCAGAGAUCAAAAACGCACAGGAAUCUGGAAACAAUAAUAUUGCAUUUGCGGAUAUAGAUAUGGAGGUAAAAUCACAGGAACCAGAGGAUAACGCAAACAUGGCUGAGCUUAAUGGAAGCAUGAAGGUCUGGGAGCACGAAAAGGACACCCAGCAGCCACAAUCUCAUUUCAAUCCCAGCUUGAAGUCUCUGGGACUGGAAAAGCCUUCGCUUCACUCACUCAUACUGGACUUCACUCCUGUCAAUUUUGUGGACACUGUCUGUAUAAAGACCUUAAAAAAUAUAUUUAAAGACUUCCAGGAAAUUGAAGUGGACGUGUUUCUAGCUGGUUGCCAUGGUUCUGUCAUUUCACAAAUGGAAAGAGGCAACUUCUUCAGCCAAACCAUCACCAAGCAUCAGCUUUUUGCAUCGGUGCAUGAUGCUGUUACCUAUAUCAUCAGGAAUCAGGGAGAGAGGUUACCACAAACAGACACAAUCAAUCCCAGCACUAUGCUGUAACCAGUGGAAUCAUCUGCUCCUUCAUUUCUCACAGAGGAGGAUAAAAUACGUUUCCAAAUGACUGAUGGAAUUGCCUUUUGUUGAUGUUGGUAAAAGUGAAUGAUGUGAGAUUCUCCACCACAGCGAAUCCACAGAAGAAAUGAACUCAUACCAAGUGUUUGAGAAACUGGGAGCCUGAGAUUGCUUUUCCUUGACAGUCUACUUUAGAUCUGGGAGAAACUGAGAAACUAUCAUUGUUAAGGAUCUGUUGUUCCAAAUGUUUGGGGACAAAGCAUCUUCUGGUCCUCCCGUGAACACAUUUCAAGGUACCAAAGUUCCUACCAAGGAAGAAUUCCUUUCAGACAUCUCAUUUGUUGCUUUGACUACACUCCUUUGAUAAGGACUUUACAGUCAAUCCUGACAUGAUUAAGUGGAGCAUAUGGUCAUCUACAGCAUCCUCUGCCUGUCUUAAAGUCCCUGUUGAUGUGGAAAGAGAGUACACUAACAUAUUCCUUGUGUGAACAUCUACUGCCCAUUCAGUCCUUCCCUCUUGGACAGGAAUUCUAAAACCGGGUCUUAGAAAGCAACUUGUUCACACCUUGAAUGUCUCUACAUCUGUACCUGGAUGUUGCAGAAGGACACUUAUCUCAAUGGGAGAGUAAACACUUUUCAUGCAGUAGGGUCCAAGUUUCAAUACUCAGCAUAUUGCCCGUUAAAACAAUCAGGUAUCAAGCAAUGAGAAAGACAAAGACCUGUAAGUCACCGGAGAGCCAUCACCAUCCAGAGUGGGCAAUACUAAGCACAUGGACCAAUAGUCUGACACAGGUCAAAGAACAGAAAGCUAAGAGUAGGAAUAAAUGUUCAGUUCUCACAAUAGAGGGAUGUAAACAGUAGGGUCCCACAAUAAUCUGUACUGGAACUGAUGCUUUUAAACUUAUUCAUAAAUGGUCUGGAGUCAGAGGUGAGCAGUGAGCUGGAGACGUUUGCUGACAACACCAAAUUAUUUCGGGUGAUUAAAUCAAAAAGAGACAGCAAAGAGCUCCUAAAGGAGCUCUCCAAACUGGAAGAAUGGGCAUUAAAAUGGCAAAUGCAGUUCAAUGUAAGAAAGUGUGAAGUGAUGCACAUUGGGGGGGGGGGACCAAACUUCAUCUAUACGCUGAUGGGGUUUGAGCUGACAGUUAUUGACCAAGAAAAGCAUCUUGAAGUUGUAGGUGGGCAGCUUGAUGAAAAUAUUGACCCAGUGUGUGACUGCUGUGAAAAAGGCAAAUUCCAUGAUAGGGAUAAUCAGGAAAGGAAUCAAAAUUAAUAUUGCCAAUAUCAUACUGCCUUUAUAGAAAGGUCUGGUGGGACUAUGUUUGGAAUACUGGUCACACCUCAAGAAAGAUAUUGUAGAGCUAGAAAAUGUGCACAAAAUGAUCAAGAGGCUGGCACAACCCCUCAAUGAAGAAAAGUUACAACAUUUGGGGCUUUUAGCUCAAAAAUAAGGCAAUGGGGGAGCAAGAUAGAGGGAUAUAAAGUUAUGCAUGAUGUGGAGAGAGUGGAGACCUGGGGUCAUCUAAUGAAGAUAAAAGGAAGUACUUCUUCAAACAGCACAUAGUUAAACUGCAGAAUUCACUAACGCUGGAUGUUAACUUGGACAGUGAAUAGCUUGGAAUUUGUUUUAGGUAGGUAGAAUCUUAUAUGUCAAAAAUCCUUGGUCAUUUUGCAUGAAGCGUAAAUUUAGCAAUAUGUGAUUAUAACAACUUAUAUAAGCACAUAAAGUAUUUGAGACAUGUUUUCCCAUAUGGGUGUAAUUCUGCUUUUUAAAAAAAACCUCUCCUAAACUCUAUUCACUGU